AGAAAGAACAAGGAUCGGAAACCAAACAUUCCCCAUUACCACUGCGUUUCAAAACAUUACCCGAAGUUGAAACCUCACCUACCGGAUGUUUGCUUACAGCGGUGACCAUGGGUCGUCAAAGGCUACAGACAUUGCUGACUCGAGCUCUCCUGUGUUCUGCACUUCUCUCUUUGCCAGGAUCAGCUUGGGCGAGGAAGAGGCUUCCCCGUCACGUGGUUCCUGAGCCUACAGACCCGGGGCCGACACUGCCUCCCGUGUUCGACCCACUCAUGCCCACCAACGUCACAGUAACAGCUACCAAGACGGCCGUUCUCGCCUGUGUGGUUCACAACCUUGGUAGUAAUACGGUGUCCUGGAUACGCCAUCGCGACCUGCACAUCCUCUCUGUAGGCCCUGUGACCUACACGACUGACAACCGCUUCGAGGCAAUCCCUGAAGAAGGAGCUGGCAACUGGAUGCUGCGUCUGCGAUAUGCCAGCCCUCGAGACUCCGGACAGUACGAUUGCCAGGUCUCUUCCCGGCCACCCACAUACCGCACGGUACACCUUACUGUCGUAGAACCCCAGGCCAAGAUUCUCCGCGCCCCAGAAAUGCACGUAGGUGUAGGGUCACCUAUCAACCUCACCUGUGUUGUCCCCUACGCGCCCGAACCCCCAGAUUAUCUCCACUGGUACCACAAGGAUAAGAUGGUUUGGGAGGACGGGGAACGUGUGAGGAUUAGGACACAGCUGGGUCGCCGUAGCAUCAGCCAGCUGUUGGUGAAGAACGCCAACGCUCAGGACUCCGGCGUGUACACCUGCCAACCCGCCUACUCACGGGAACACUCUAUCACUGUUCAUGUACUUACAGGGGAAUACCCGGCGCCGAUGCAGGGUGGGUCAUCCGUGACCUUUGCUGGACGUCGCUACUGGGCCUGGCUGACCUCUGCCCUCGUCGCUACCGCCGUCUCUACCCAUCUCUUAUCGUAUUUUUAUAUGUAAAUAACAGGUUUUAUACAAAUUG